GCGCGCCGCCCGCCCCGGGCGCGGGCGGAGGUGAGAAGGGGGGUUGAGCGCGGCGGCCAGUCCGCAGAAGCCGGGAGCUGCGCUGGAGGAAGGAGCAUCAGUCUUGAUCUCAGCGGAACCGCUGUCAUUGUUUGAAUUCCACUGCUCCGACUUCAAAUUCAUGGACCCUUUCUUCUGAGUCGCCUAGUCUGUUAUUGAAUCCUUGUAGUAUAUUUUUCAGUUCAAUUAUUCUUCAGCCCUGUGACUUCUACUUGUAUUAUUUACAAUAGCCAAGAUAUGGAAACAACCUAAGUGUGCAAGAAGAUGUGGUAAAUAUAGACAAUGGAAUGUUACUAAGCCGUAAGAAGAAAGUUUGCCGUUUGCAGCAACGUGGAUGGACCUAGAAGGUAUUAUGCUGAGUGAAAUAAGUCAGAAAGAUUGGCUCUAUAUCCACUGUGGUCAGCACUCCCUCAGGACUUUCCGGAUCCAGACCCAGGGCUCCAGACCCUCCCAAGAAGGAGAUUAUAACUUCGGAUUCCCUGGGAGAGGAAAACAGAACACUCUGGUCUUGCUUCCAAUGAUGCAAGUGUGAUUGUCGGCAUCUCCAUGGGCUCCCGAGGUCACAGCACACUACCACGGACUCUUAUGGCCCCUCGGAUGAUUUCUGAGGGAGACAUAGGAGGCAUUGCUCAAAUCACCUCCUCUCUCUUCCUGGGCAGAGGCAGCGUGGCCUCCAACCGGCAUCUCCUCCAGGCUCGUGGCAUCACCUGCAUUGUUAAUGCUACCAUCGAGAUCCCCAAUUUCAACUGGCCGCAAUUUGAAUAUGUUAAAGUGCCUCUGGCUGACAUGCCUCAUGCCCCCAUUGGACUGUACUUUGACACCGUGGCUGACAAGAUCCACAGUGUGAGCAGGAAGCAUGGGGCCACCUUGGUGCACUGUGCGGCAGGGGUGAGCCGCUCGGCCACCCUCUGCAUUGCUUACCUGAUGAAAUUCCACAGUGUGUGCCUGCUGGAGGCGUACAACUGGGUGAAAGCCCGGAGGCCUGUCAUCAGGCCCAACGUGGGCUUCUGGAGGCAGCUCAUAGACUACGAGCGCCAGCUUUUUGGGAAGUCAACAGUUAAAAUGGUACAGACACCUUACGGCAUAGUUCCAGACGUUUAUGAGAAAGAGUCCCGACACCUGAUGCCUUACUGGGGGAUUUAAUGCCACCAAAGUUUGCAUCAGCAGCCCCUUGGGCAGGACCAGCAUCUGCUACACACCGUUUGCUCCCCUCUUCACCUUUCUUUUCAAAGGAUUGACUUUUGAUUCUCCCUGAAGUGUUUUUUACACUGGGUGUUCAAGUUUAUUUUAAUUGGUAUGGGGGCAGGGGACAUAAGGGGAAUGCAUACAUUGCUAGUAACAUUUUUAAAACCAACAUUUUGGAAUAGUGUUUAUGAAAAUCUUUCACUUUUAAUUUUUAAUAAUUUGAACAGUUUAAUAAACUGGUUCUGCUCUAUUUUGAAUCCCAUGCCUCUUGGCAUCAUGAGAGGUGCAGGAGGAGCUCAGUGCAAAAAUCACUUUGGGUCCUGGUUAACCCUCUAGAGACAAGCUCUGCCUAAGGCUGCUGACCACCCAAGUGCUUAGGGAAGAUUGAUACCAGCUUCCGUCUCUAUUGGAUUAGCCCUAUUCUUUCCUUCCCCCUUUAUUAUUUAGUAACUUUGUAAGUCAAAACAAAAUGAUUAUUUAGCUGUUAAGUAACUAUAAUGAAAUCUGCUGCAAAUACCCUCUUGAAAUUAAUAUGCUCCAGGACUAUAUCAACAUUAUUUUUAAUAAACCUAU